UCGUUGUGACCUCUCUGCAGCUCGUCGCCGUGUCCGCCAUCCUUCUCUCUCCUCUCUGGAGCAGGACACACACCCACAGAACAUCGACAUGCUGUCAGUUCGUGUUGCAGCGGCUCUCGCCCGGAGUCUACCUCGACGGGCUGGAUUCGUAUCGAAGAACGUUGCAGCAGCUUGUGUAGGAGCCAAGAACCUUCACACCACCCGACCAUGGCUGCAGAAAACAGGAACCGCCGAGGUUUCAUCCAUUCUGGAGGAAAAGAUUAUGGGAGCUGACACCACUGCUGACCUUGAGGAAACCGGUCGUGUGCUGUCCAUUGGUGAUGGCAUUGCCAGAGUGUACGGUCUGAGGAAUGUACAGGCUGAGGAGAUGGUGGAGUUCUCCUCUGGUCUGAAGGGUAUGUCUCUGAACUUGGAGCCCGACAAUGUUGGUGUUGUGGUGUUUGGUAAUGACAAGCUGAUCAAGGAAGGCGACAUUGUCAAGAGAACUGGAGCUAUCGUGGACGUGCCCGUCGGUGAGGAGCUCUUGGGCCGUGUUGUGGAUGCUCUUGGAAAUGCUAUCGAUGGAAAGGGCCCUCUGGGCUCCCAGAUCCGCAGGCGUGUGGGUCUGAAGGCCCCUGGCAUCAUCCCCCGCAUCUCUGUGAGGGAGCCGAUGCAGACUGGCAUCAAAGCCGUGGACAGUUUGGUCCCCAUUGGUCGCGGGCAGCGGGAGCUCAUCAUCGGGGACAGACAGACAGGCAAAACUGCCAUUGCCAUUGACACCAUCAUUAACCAGAAGCGCUUCAACGAAGGCACAGACGAGAAGAAGAAGCUGUACUGCAUCUACGUUGCCAUUGGCCAGAAGAGAUCCACCGUGGCUCAGCUGGUAAAGAGGCUGACCGAUGCAGACGCCAUGAAGUACACCAUCGUUGUGUCUGCCACUGCCUCCGAUGCUGCCCCACUGCAGUACCUGGCUCCAUACUCUGGCUGCUCCAUGGGAGAGUACUUCAGGGACAACGGCAAGCACGCCCUCAUCAUCUAUGACGAUCUGUCCAAGCAGGCUGUGGCCUACCGUCAGAUGUCCCUUCUGCUGCGUCGUCCCCCUGGUCGUGAGGCCUACCCAGGAGAUGUCUUCUACUUGCAUUCCCGUCUGCUGGAGAGAGCUGCCAAGAUGAACGACAACUUCGGCGGCGGCUCCCUCACAGCUCUUCCUGUUAUCGAGACACAGGCUGGAGAUGUGUCAGCCUACAUUCCUACCAAUGUCAUUUCUAUCACAGACGGACAGAUCUUUUUGGAGACUGAGCUGUUCUACAAAGGUAUCCGCCCAGCCAUUAAUGUGGGUCUGUCUGUGUCACGUGUUGGAUCUGCUGCCCAGACCAGGGCCAUGAAGCAGGUUGCUGGUACCAUGAAGCUGGAGCUUGCCCAGUACCGUGAGGUGGCUGCCUUUGCUCAGUUCGGCUCAGAUCUGGACGCUGCCACUCAGCAGCUGCUGAACCGUGGUGUUCGUCUCACUGAGCUUCUUAAACAGGGACAGUACUCUCCCAUGGCUAUUGAAGAACAGGUCACAGUUAUCUAUGCUGGUGUGAGAGGACACCUGGACAAAAUGGAGCCUAGCAAGAUCACAAAGUUUGAGAAGGCGUUCCUGCAGCACAUCCUGAGCCAGCACCAAGACCUGCUGGCUGCCAUUAGGGCCGAUGGUCAAAUCUCUGAAGCAUCUGAUGCUAAGCUGAAGCAGAUUGUAUUGACUUUCCUCUCCAGCUUUGAGUAAAGUGAACUCCUGUUGGCGUGGUUGUUGUCAUGUUUGCAUAGUGCAACGUCAAUUAAACAAAACUUUCUAUGGACUUUAAAAGGAACUCAAGCAGCACUUGAACUUAAAUGUACAUAUAUCUCCUGACAGAAAAUAAAGAAACAAGUUAAAUGUA